AUUUCAGAAUCUUGCUGAAUUGUUGUUUGAUACUGAGCCUUGAUAUCAGAUGUGGUUUGAUUAUCUCAAACAAUACAAAAGUUAUAGGCAAAGCUAGAAACAGCUGAUUUACAAAAAAGCAGUCAAGAAUGGAAGAGGAAACAGAACAUUUAGCUGCAAUGUUAUCUAUUGUAGAUGGACAGUCACACAAAUUAACAGAGUUUUUAAACUCUGAAGAUUUGAAACCAGAUCUAUCCACAAUAUUUUCAUCUUCUAAAGACAUAAAAACAGAAUUAACAACAUUUUCAUCUAUUGUUGAUGCAAAACCCAACGUGACAUUCACAGCUUCUCAAGAUGUUAAACCCUAUACUACAACAGAAUUUUCAUCUUCUAAAGACACAGAAACAGAAUUUUCAAUUUUUUCAUCUUUUGAUAAAUUUACACCCAACAAAACAUUUAUAAACUUGCAAGAUGUUAAACCUGAUGUUACAACUAGGUUUUUAAUUUGUAAAGAUAAAAAGCCUGCUGUAUCAACAUUAUCAACAUCUGAAGAUAACAAAUCAGAAGUCACAACUUUAUCAAGUAGUAAAGAUUCAAAUCCAGAUUUAUUGACAGGAUUUUUAUUUUUUGAGGAUAAACAACAAAAAAGGCUUGAACUUCAAGUUAAAGAAAAUCUCCAGUUUUCUAGAGACAAAAGAUAUCAGAUUGUUUCUAGUGUCAAACACAAAAGGUUUUCUCAAAGUUCUAACUUAAGAAAACAUAAAACAGGUCAAGAAGGAAAUGAGCAAGUUGAAUAUGAUGGUGACCAUGAGAAUCUUUCUCAAAGUUGUAAUUUCAGUAAAAAUAAAAAAGUGCUCUCAAGAAAUAAGCCAUACAUAUGUGAUGUUUGUAAUAAAAGGUUCUCUCAUCGAUGUAGCUUAUAUACACAUGUGAAAAUGCAUUCAGGAGAUAAGCCACAUGAAUGUGAUGUUUGUCAUAAAAGGUUUUCUCGAAGUUGUAGUUUAAAUUUACAUAAAAUGGCUCAUUCAGGAGAAAGGCCACAUGAAUGUGAUGUUUGCCUUAAACAGUUUGCAUAUAAAUCUAAUUUAAUAGCACAUAAAAAAGUUCAUUUAGGAGAUAGGCUACAUGAAUGUGAUGUUUGUCAAAAACGUUUUUUACUUAAGAUAAAUUUAUCACAUCACAAAUAUGUUCAUUCAGGAGAAAAGCCAUAUGAAUGUGAUGUUUGUCACAAAAAGUUUUCUCAAAAUUCUAGUUUAACUACACAUAAAAUAGUGCAUUCAGGAGAUAAGCCACAUGAAUGUGAUGUUUGUCAUAAAAAAUUUAGUCAGAAGAUACAUUUAUUACAACACAAAAAUGUUCAUUCAGGAGAUAAGCCAUAUGAAUGUAAUAUUUGUCAUAAAAGGUUUUCUCAAAGUUCUGGUUUAAAAAGACAUAAAAAGGUUCAUUCAGGAGAAAGACCGCAUGAAUGUGAUGUUUGUCAUAAAAAGUUUUCUCAAAAUUCUAGUUUAAAAACGCAUAAAAAGGUUCAUUCAGGAGAAAGGCCACAUGAAUGUGAUGUUUGUCAUAAAAGGUUUUCUCAAAGUACUUAUUUAAGAACACAUAAAAAGGUUCAUUUAGGAGAAAGGCCACAUGAAUGUGAUGUUUGUCAUAAAAGGUUUUCUCAAAGUACUUAUUUAAGAAGACAUAAAAAGCUUCAUUCAGGAGGUAAGUCAUAUGAAUGUGAUGUUUGUCAUAAAAAGUUUUCUCAAAAUUCUAGUUUAAAAACACAUAAAAAGGUUCAUUCAGGAGAAAGGCCACAUGAAUGUGAUGUUUGUCAUAAAAGGUUUUCUAAAAGUUCUACUUUAAAAACACAUAAAAAGGUUCAUUCAGGAGAUAAAUCAUAUGAAUGUGAUGUUUGUCAUAGAAUGUUUUCUCUAAAUUUUAAUUUAAGAACAUAUAAAAAAAACUCAGGAGAAAGGCCACAUGAAUGUGAUGUUUGUCAUAAAAAGUUUAGUGAGAAGAGAAACUCACAAAAAUGUUCAUUCUGGAGAUAAGCCACAUGAAUGUGAUGUUUGUCAUAAAAGGUUUUCUCAAAGUUCUAAUUUAAGAAAACAUAAAAAGAUUCAUUCAGGAGAAAUGACACAUGAAUGUGAUGUUUGUCAUAAAAGGUUUUCUCAAAUUUCUUGUUUAUCUUCACACGCAAAAAAUUCAUUAAAGUUAGAGGCCACAUGAAUGUGAUAUUUAUCACAAAAAGUUGACUUAGAAGAAUAAUUUGUUAUGAUCUAUGUGUUGUUACAAGUUAUAAGCCAUAUGUAUGUAUACAAGAUUUUCUUAAAGCUAUUAUUUGAGUUCUCUUGAAAAAUUCAUUCAAGAGACAAGCCACAUUAGUCUGGUAUUUGUCAGAAAAGAUUUUGUCAAAGUUCAUUCAGGAGAUAAGCCACAUAAAUGUUGAUGUUUGUCACGAAAGAUUUUGUCAAUCAUCUUAUUUAAAUACAUAUAAAAAUUCAUUCUAGAGGUAAGCCAGGAAAUUCAUCAUGACUAAAAACCAAUUUAAUGUCAUUUUUAACAUAAAUAAUUAAUACUAGAGCAAAUUAUUAUUUAAUAUCUGGUUUUUUUUUCUCUUCACAUAACUUUAACUAGUGGUCAUCCAAUAGUGCGCCAUUGUUUAUUAAAUUUUAUAUUUGUAUUAUAAAAAGGUUCUUAUGUCAAAGAGUAUACCAUGUCAAUUAUUAUACAUACUCUAAAAAGAAAUUGUAUUCUAUUAUGUAAGCUGCAUGUGUACAAUUUUUCUUUAUGUAGCCUUCUUCUUUUCGUGUUAUUUGUAAAUGUGUAUAUUAGGAGAAGUUAGCUAUAACUUUAGAAACCCAGGGUUUUCUUUUUAUACCAGCAUGGUUUUGUUCAGGCCACACAGUUAAUUUGCCCAUUCUUUUCAAAUUAUAUAAAAUUGACAAUGAACAUUCAUUGGGACAAGGAAGUGAACUAAUUAUGCUCAAACCAAUUACACACAUUAUUAACAAUACCAGAAGCUAACUAAAAUAAAACAUGAAGUUCAAUUAAUUCAUUUACAUUUACAAGAUGUUUACAAUAUAUGUAGGUCCUACUGUUAAACAAUUUUUAACUUGAAACUUUUACACUACUAACAAACAACUCAGUCAGACAUACAGCAACAUGACAGAAUAUCAGGUUGACAGGUAAAACAACCUGCAUUAGACAAGUACAAUGACAUCAGGCCAGCAGUCACCGUGGCAUCUGGCCAACAGGUACAGUGACAUCAAAACUUCUGAACAGACAAAAUAUUUUUUGUAAACACCUUAUAUUGAGAGGUAUAGAAUCUCAAAUCAAUUAAUAGCAUAAAGAUGUAUAAACAAGAUGCUCAUUAUUGUUCCAUUUACAAAUGCUUGCUUUGUACUCAAGUUUCUGUUCCGAUCAGUAAAAUGAUGCAAAUAACUUUCUAUACAAACUUAUUUGGUGAAAAUAAAUUUAAAACUUCUACUUUAAUUGUUUGACAUUAUUUUAUUCAUCCCAUUUAAGAAUCCCUCCUCCUUCCUCCCCCUCAUUUACAUGUCUUAUGGAACUAACCUUAAGUUUCAAGUUGGUCCAACCAUUGCUAAGGCUUAUGGUCACUUCCUUACUUUUGAUAGAUGAAUGUUUUUUAUUCAGUUAAAUUAAAUGCAUUUGUAAUAUGUUAUAUAAGCCUAUAGAUUUUAUCAUUCUGCACGCCUUCUCAAUAUGAACUUUAUGCCAAACCUCAGACACCUCGCUACAUGCAAUGUGUUUAACAAGAGUACAGAAUAAUUUUCUUCACAUAUUCACAUGAGCUAUAGAAUUUAGAUAUUAACCACACAUAACAAUUUUAUAAAUAAACUUUGAAAUUUUUUAAAACAGCAUAAAAAUUAUCAAUUUGAAGAAAAGAAAGACUUAAGCUGCAAUUGUUACAUUUUGGUAUCUUAGUUUCAACAUAGUUAUUGUUGAUUAAUCAUUAUUUAAUUUUGUAUUCUUUACUAUUUAAAAAACAAACAUCGUAGGGCUUAAUGAAAAUUCUAAAUCUAAUGUAGUGAAUCAUUAGAAAUUAUAACAUGAAAAUUUCAUAAAAUAAAAUAGCUAAAUUGUUUUUUUUUUAUUGUUAUUGUUAUUUUUUUAUCAACACUUCCUGCAUGUUAAAAUUCCAAUGAGGCCAAUGUGUUUUGGAUGCUGGGGUAUGUUUUUCUCUCUUGUGAUGCUCCAAAGCCUGUACGUGCCAGGUAUGUGAUGGUCAGUGUCAGUCAACUUAUGCUUGUUAGGGAAACAUUUCUAAUUUCAAACACUUGUUUUACUAAUUAUUUUUUUUUACCAACAAUAAGUAAAAUAAA